AUGAUCAUUAAAGUCUUGUGAUCGAACAACAGACCAGCUCAGAAAAAUAAAUCAUUUAGUAGUGUUAUCUCUUAAAAAGUGACCAAAAACGCCUAUUAGGCGAAUUAAUUAACUUAAAAGGAGUUUAUUGCUAAAAAUAAUAAACAAUGGCAGACCGCGCCAAUAUAAAUCAAAUAAUCCCAGCAUUGCCUGAGGAAAAACAUGCAGCUACCAGUGUCCUCCAGCAGCAGGUUGCUGACAUUAGGAGCCAAAAAAUCAAUUGGCAGUCUUACAACCAGUCCCAGAUGAUUUCUCAAGAGGACUAUGACUUCAUAGUGGGCUUUGACACCAGCGAUCCAGCAGUCAAGGAUGCUAAGCUCAAGCAAAACCCUGGCCAGGCUGCCAAGACUUUUCUCAAUUUACUGAGCCACAUUUCUAAGGACCAAACCAUUCAAUAUAUUCUCGUUAUGAUUGACGAUAUGCUUCAAGAAGAUCGUACCCGUGUGGAAAUAUUCCGCGAGCAUGCCAGCCGCAAACGUGAAUCAGUCUGGUCUCCAUUUUUGAGCCUGCUGAACCGCCAAGAUAGAUUUAUCAUGAAUAUGACGUCUCGCAUAAUCGCGAAACUCGCCUGCUGGAGCCACGCUCAGAUGGAGGAAGCAGAUCUUAACUUUUAUUUAACCUGGCUUAAAGAUCAGUUGAAAUUGAGCUUCGAAGCCGUGCAGGAGUCUCAAAUGCAUGCUGAGGUGCUGCAAGACGUCGUACCUACUGAGCCUGGAGAGGCUGGAGAUCUCCACGAAAUGCCCAGCCCGAACAACGAAUACAUUCAAUCAGUGGCGAGAUGUCUCCAAAUGAUGCUACGUGUUGACGUCUAUCGCUUUGCUUUCAUCUCGGUUGAUGGAAUUUCAACACUUUUGAGUGUCUUGUCAGGACGAGUUAACUUUCAAGUACAAUAUCAGCUAAUUUUCUGCUUGUGGGUUUUGACUUUCAACCCACUUCUGGCUGAGAAGAUGAACAAGUUCAAUGUUAUCCCGAUAUUAGCAGACAUCCUCAGCGACUCAGUAAAAGAAAAAGUAACACGCAUAAUUCUCGCUGUAUUUAGAAAUUUAAUCGAGAAAGUAGGUGAUAGACAAGUAGCCAAGGAGCACUGCAUUGCAAUGGUUCAAUGCAAGGUCUUAAAACAACUGUCAAUCCUUAGCCAGCGUAAAUUCGACGACGAAGAUAUCACAGAAGACAUCGAGUUCUUGAACGACAAGCUCCAGGCUUCGGUUCAAGACUUGAGUUCAUUUGACGAGUACUCAACUCAAGUAAAGUCUGGACGAUUGGAGUGGUCACCGGUGCACAAAUCGUCCAAGUUCUGGCGUGAGAAUGCCAGCAGAUUGAACGAGAAAAACUACGAGCUGCUUCGCAUUCUCGUUCACUUGCUGGAGACCAGCAAAGACCCGUUGGUUCUUAGUGUCGCUUCUUUUGACAUCGGGGAGUACGUCAGACACUAUCCUCGUGGAAAGCAUGUAAUUGAGCAAUUGGGAGGCAAACAACGGGUGAUGCAACUUUUGAGUCAUGAAGAUCCAAAUGUAAGAUACGAAGCUUUGAUUGCUGUUCAGAAGCUUAUGGUUCAUAACUGGGAAUACCUGGGUAAACAGUUGGAAAAAGAACAAACCGGCACGGGUGGAACUUCCGGCCCAAAACCUGGUGCUCAAGUACCCGCUAAAGCGUAGAGUUUUUUUUUUAUUAAUGUAUGGCAUGGAUAUACAUUACAUAUAUGCAUAUAUUAUAUUUAAAAUUUAACAAAUUGUUAUUCCUGUUUAAAUUAUAUCCUGUAUUAUGUAUUGGCUUUGGUUAGAAGUGCAUUCCAAUCAUAGAACGCGAUUACUUUUAAAUUGCAAUUAAAAACAUUUAUUUUUUCGCAUCUGCAAACUUUCGGUUUGUUCGAAAAAUCAAUAGCCAUGUACAUACACAUUCUAUUUCUUGUAGAUAAUGCGUUUGACACGCACUAAGUAUCGAAAUCAUUUUAAAAGUAAAGUAUAUUAAUUACUUGUACUAUAAAAAAACAAUUAUAUUAUAUAAGAUAAUAUAAAAUUAUUAUCGUAGCAAAUGGAUUGAAUUAAUAAUUAAUUGAUAUUAUGUCAGUCAAAAAUCUUAAACUAAAUUUCUUGAUAAAAAAUCUGAAGAUUAUUUUGGAUGAAAAAAUUAAUUCAAAGAGUAAAAUCUAGUUGUGAAAAAUUAUUAUUUUUAAUAACUAUUAAAAUUUUUAUCAAAAAAUUUUUGUUGGGAUCUGGCUUGAAAUCUAUGAAAAGUAUUAUUAUAAGAAAAUAAAUUGUUGUAUUAUAUUACACAAA